AUGGAUUAUUCUAAUUUACCAAUGGAUCAAACUGGAAAUAGCUUCAUUAAUAAUACUAAUACGAUUGCUCCUGCGCCUCAAAAUAUUACAUAUGAAUUUUAUUUUCCUUUACCAAAUAAUACGCGUAUUUAUCAUGUUACUUAUACCGAAUUAAAUUUAACAGAAGUCGCGCAACUCUUAAAUAAUAGAAUUGAUUUAUCUCACGUUCCUGAUCAUCGGUUUCCAUAUCAUCAUAAUGUACAACAUUCAAUUCGGCAAGAAAUUGUUCAACAAUCUGCCGGUUAUCAACAAAACUACAUCCCACAACAAUCUUUCGAUAUUCAACCUAAUUUCCAAGAAUAUUCAGAUAAUAAUGCUUACGAUGUAUCCUCAAUUCCUCUUAUUCAACAACCUGUUGAUUAUCAACAAGACGUCAUUCCACAACAAUCUUUCGAUACUAUGGAUAUUCAACCCACUUUCCAAGAAUAUUUAAAUAAUAAUGCUAACGAUGCAUCUUCGGUUCCUCCAAACAGUUCUGAAGAUGGAUACAAUGGAGUUCAAUUACAUCAAAAUAAUUAA